CGAUUACCCCAAAGCCACCGACAGCCUGACAGAGAGGAACAAGUGCGUGCAAAGGGAACGGUACCAAAAAAAUAAAACGGCGAACAACGAAAAAACAAGGCCAGAACAAGAUUACUGCGAACAGCCAAACUACCAGCAGGCAAAUAGCAUUAGCGAGAUCGAGGGACGCCCGCCAACAGCAGAAGGAAGACACCAAAACGGGGUACAUUAGCCAGCAAAAGCAAAGCAAAGCUGCCGAGCCGAGCCGCCACCCCAAAACCCACGUCAAAGCAGUGUGUGUCCGUGAUUCACGUGAAGCGACGGAAGCUUUGCCACACUCAAACACAAACGGGCGCAGCAUUUAAUUAAACGCACAGGCAAGUCGCAUGUCCCGGGCUCGCCAGACGCCAGACCCAAUCUGUUACCGAGGCUCGUACGUGUGAUUGUCGAUCGAAGGCAAACGGGUGGCGUGUAAAUCCUCCCCAGUGCCAGUAAAGCCCCAAGACCGGGCUGCAGAGGAACGGAACGACCCCAGGGGGAAACCACCGUACCAAACCAGGGACAGAUAGCGCUGCUCACCUGCAACCUCGUCGAAGUAGUACACCGCAUUGGCCCCUGCUUCGAAGUCAACCUUCCCCGAUUGAAGUGCAAAACCAACAAAAGAAACCAAAAAUCCCACCACCACCACCACCAACCCGCCGCCCUAUCAACCGAGCCGUAAGAAAGCGCGUAAUCAAACCUAUCGAACACGCACACACACGAGCGCGCUAAGCAAUAGCAACAAGCAACAAGUUCGAUAACAGCAAGAGCCGAAGCCGCCGAACCCAGCCUGCUUAGAGAGAAGAAACAAAAGCAAAUAUGGCGAAGAAAACAUACGACCUGCUGUUCAAGCUGCUGCUGAUCGGCGACUCCGGCGUGGGGAAAACCUGCAUCCUGUUUCGCUUUUCCGACGACGCGUUCACGUCCACCUUCAUCUCGACCAUCGGAAUUGACUUUAAAAUCAAAACCAUCGAGCUGCGGGGCAAGAAAAUAAAGCUACAGAUCUGGGACACGGCCGGACAGGAACGGUUUCAUACGAUCACCACCUCCUACUACCGCGGCGCGAUGGGCAUCAUGCUGGUGUACGACAUAACGAACGAGAAAAGCUUCGACAAUAUAGUGAAAUGGUUGCGAAAUAUAGACGAGCACGCCAACGAGGACGUGGAAAAGAUGAUCCUCGGCAACAAGUGCGACAUGGCGGACAAGCGUGCGGUGCGCAAAGAGAGAGGCGAAAAUAUUGCCCGCGAACAUGACAUCCGCUUUAUGGAAACGUCCGCCAAAGCGAACACGAACAUCGAGCUGGCGUUCCGCGAGCUGGCCGAAGCCAUCCUGGACAAGGUGGCCGGCAAGGAGACGACCGACAACCCGGACCGGGUGGUCGUGAACAGGAGCACCGGCGAGCGGUUACCCGCCUACAAGGCCUGCUGCACGUAGUGUGCUUAAAGCCAUCCAUGCCGUCGCCCCCAUCCCCCCGCUUUUCGUUCCACCCACACGCUCCUUUCCCUUGCCGCGCAGUAUGGCGCGUGUGUCGUUCCUAAGUGUGUAUCGUCGCGGCGCCCUGGCGUGUCGCCCCUGGCAGCCCAACAGUCCCGACACCACACCAACCCGGCUGUACGGCUUACUUCCCUCUGCACUCUAUCGCUGACCGUGGUGCGGGUGGGGGGCAAAGGCAGGGCAACCGGGUGUGUACACGAGAGUCCCGCGACAACCCUUUGUCGCGUUUCGGUGCCGUGCUUCGUUUUUUGUUUGUUUUUUUUUUGUUUUUUUUUUGUUGCGUUUAAGAUUUCGAGCUCUGCAGCAGCGCCGGGGCCUAGUAGGACGGUGUGCGGGGCAAAACCAAACACCGUGAAAUGAAAUUAGUAGCAGAUAUUGUAAGAUUAGUUCUGACUGGCGGUGUCAAAAGGGCACGUGUUUGUGUGCAUAUGUGUGGGUGGGGGGCUAGGAGGCGCUAGUGCGCAUUACUAAAGGCAAACACACACAAAUAUCAUUCACAAUUACAUUUCCCGCGGCGUGUGCUCUGUCUGUUUUAGUCUGUUUAGUAGUGGUGGAGCGGUCACCACCGAGAGAGAGAGAGAGAGAGAGAGAGAGAGAGAGAGAGAGAGAGAGAGGGAGAGGGAGACCGAGUAGGAAAUAGUGCCGUAGGGCGCGAGAUGUAAAAUCAAACCGCGUGAAUGUACGUGUUGCACAGGGGGGCUGUAUUUCAUUACCGUUUAGCGUUUAGACCAAUUUGAGAUUUAGCGUUCGCGUGCGCGAGAGACAGCUGUAUGGCCCGUUUUGUUUUUAAAAUUUCCUCACCCCCAUCACCACAUUAAUUUUCAUUUUAGGGAACGAGUUACGGGCCAGUGCGACUCGUGCCGUGUUUAGCUUUAGUUACAUUUUUUGUUUGUUUGUUUUCGAGAUUUAGCUAAAUGAGAGAGAUGGCAAAUAGUAGACAAGUGCGCCGAUGUAUCGCUUAGUGAGGAGCAUUGUAACGGCUCUUCUGUUGCGAUUUUAUUUUUCUCGUUCUUUCUUUUAACUAAACGAACUGUAUCGAAUGGGUUUCUGUUUGAAUGGUUUUAUUAAAUUGUUUCCCCACAACAACCACAAAAAAAAACAAACAAACCCAACAUAAAACCACACAGAUACACAAACACACACACAUAUUUUAAUGAUAUAACCUUUGAUUUCGUAGUAUAUUUAGCAAACGCUCACUCCCGCCCCACAAACAAACACUGCUUUUGUAGGAAGGCGUUAGGCGAAACAAAGCAAAAACUACCCACGAGGGGCAACAAAGGGGGGGGGGGGGAGGUAACGAAGUUGUGUUUCCGUUUGCCAGCUUUAAGUUUUACGCGUGAGGGCCCCCGUUUCCGACUGUCCGCGCGGCGGCGGUUUUGGGGAGCACAGUUGCAUUAGUUUGAUGGUCGAUGCAUGAAAAAUCCCUUUAAUAUGGCGCUCCCGGUAACGGCUUGCUGUGUAAUUAGGUUGCAAGCAUUAGGUGGGGCCGCAAAACCACCACGGGAAGGGGAGAGAAAGAAUAUGCACCGCGACAAACAAACAAACAAAACAAAUCAAACAAAUCAAAAGCCCGAAGCUUUAAGCCAAGCGAGCCAGCUUAUUUCUAUUUUUUCUGUUGUGAUGAGUACGAAGUUACGUUAAGCGAAUGAUUUGCAGUUAGCAGAGGAAAAGAGAAGGAAGAGCGAGAGAGAGAGAGAGAGAGAGAGAGAUUAAGAGAAAUAAAAUGCGUAGAGCAAACAAAAUAAUGUUACUAAAGAUGAAAGAUAAGCCACAAGGGGAAGUGAAAAAAAGGUGAACCCUUACGCGCCGCUAGUACGAUUAGAUGUAAUGAAACGAGAGCAAACGAAGAAGAAGAAGAAGGAAAUAUUAAUAAACCCCUAAUCAGCUCGACAUAUACAACACAACAA